AUGGAUAGAGCUAAGGAGGCGAUUUGUGAUAGUUCUCCAAAUCGAGAGGAUGAAUUCAAGAAAGCUUUUGAAAUUAUAGAUCAUAGGUGGGAAUGUCAACUACAUAAACCUUUGCAUGUUGUGGGACAUUUCUUGAUCACGGGGAUCUUUUAUGAUGAAGUUGGUGGUGUGCUUUGCGAAGAAGUUAAAAACGGUUCUUAUGAAUACAUGUUGAGGCUUGUUCGCGACCAAGAAACUCAAGACAAGAUUUUAAAUGAGUUAGUUAAAUACCAAAAGGCAGAAGGUCUCUUUGGUAUUAGCUUGGCUACAAUGUAUGGAUCUUCGGCUCCUAACUUGAAAAAGUUUGCUAUACGGAUUCUUAGUCUCACUUGUAAUGCUACAAGUUAUGAGAGAAACUGGAGUGUUUUUCAACAACUUCACAGUAAGAAACAAAAUAGAUUGGCACAAUCUAGAUUGAAUGACAUGGUGUUUGUGAAAUUCAAUAGUGCCUUGGAGCGCCGAGCUAAAAGUAAGGAGACCGAUCCCAUUCUUUUGCAAGAUAUUGAUGAGAGCAAUGAGUGGUUCAUGGGAAGAAUGGAAGAUGAUGAAGAUGAUGAUGAGGCGGUGUUUGUUUGUGAGGAGGAUUUGACAUGGAGUGAUAUUGCUAACGCUUCCGGUGUAUAUGAGUCUAGUUAUCUAACUAGAGCAUCAAAAGUAGUGAAUGAUGGAGCUGGACCAUCACGAAAUGAUAAAGGAAAAUCUCCUGCUCAUAAUCCUAUCUCUAGUAGACCAUCUCGUAGAUGCUUAGAAAUGAAUGAAUAUUUCACUGAAAAACUUGUUCCUGACGAACCAGCAGGUAAUUCUUCUAGAGCUGACAAAGAGAAGUUUAAGAAACACAUGGAUGAAAUGUUAGAUGUGGGAUAUCUUAUGCAUGCCACCAUGACCCUUGAGCUUCAGAAAUAA